AUGAAGCCUACUACCACACCCCGGCAACCCAUCUUCAUUUUGCAUAUCAUGACCUGCCUCUUUGAUAUGGUCAUUACCACUUUUGCUUGUAUUUGGAAUGCCAUUGGUAUUGAUAUUGGAUGGUCGUUCCUCGUAAUGGGCUUUGAUUAUUGGGGAAACGCCGCAGGGUUGACCGUAUGGCUUGCGGAGGUAAAGUCCUACUACGGAGAACUAACGGUUGCUGCGACGGCCGGCAUUCUCACUGAAUUGGUCCUAGAUGAUUUCGACUGGGCUAUAACGCGCACCAUCAAUGCAAAGCUAGAGUAUCCGCCCACACCAAUGCCCAUGGCGGGCGAUGUGUCUGUAACCGGCUCUGCGACAGGCUCUGUGACAGGCUCUGCGACAAGCUUUCCGGGCGAUUCGACCCCAGCUGACAAUGAGAAACAACCCACCGAAACACCCGCACUUCCCGGAAAGCUUCACAUCGUCCAAGAUGAUUCGAGGUUCGAAGAGCCUCUAAAGAAGGUUCAAACUCGCACUGAUUCUCUCCAUGACCUUGGCUUUCAUCAUGGACUUUUUAAUCUUGAUGCCGAUGUCCUUCAUUUACUACAUCUUUUCCGAUGGUCUGUCUCCCUUGCCUUGGGAAUCUGUGACAUUCUGGAAAGCGCUGUUUGGGGAAUCUCUUGGAAGAAGGAGAAAUCGUAG